AUGGUUACACCAUUUGGCCGAUGGGAUGCGAAAGAGCUUGACAAGGAUCGCAUCAAUCUUAAUUUCCUAGAGGUCAUACUGCCAACCUACAAUCAUCUGAAGAAGAAUGGGUCAACUACGAAAGUCAUUUCUAAAGAGCUUGACUACUUGAUUGACAAGGGCUGGUACCGUGGGGGAGCGGGCUGGAUCCGUCACGAGGAUGAAGACGUCACUUGGCAAGUCGAGAUCGCCGCCGAAGCCUCGGAGCGCAUCCAUUUAGAGAAGGCUAUCAAGGAAGCUGCUGCACAACGCGCAGCCUAG